AUGGUUCAGGAGCUGAAACCGGCAGCGAGACUAGCCUCCUUUUCUGGGACUUUGCUGAAGGAGGAAUGUGCUCGGGGGUUUGCUGAGGCAAUCUCUGGUCGUUUCACAGUUUUCGACAAGCUGACGGACCCUGUGACAGCUGUUCGCUUAGUAAAUGGCCAGAUCGUCUCAGAUCCUUUUGUGGUGCGGGAGCGCCUUGCGGACGUCAACUCCAAGCGUGGAAAUCCUGGGCAGAGUCUGACGUCAUUCCUCCAGCAGGACGUCUUCCUCGAGCGGGAACUGCAGUUGUGCGGAAACCUCACCGAGGUUUUGCAACGAAGGGUCGCCGGCCAGGAGGACGAGAUUCGAGAGCGUCGAGAGGCCAACGCCGCGCUGAAGGCCAAGCACCGCCACCUGCAGCAGGAGCUCCUUGCUGCAAGGGCCAGGAUGCAGGAGCUGCAGCAAAGCCGCUUCGGACUCCAGGCCGAGGACGCGCAGCUCAAGUACGAGGAGGCUGAAGUCAAGAUCGAGAAGCUCGAGGCUAAGACGGCCCUUCGGCGCCUCCAGGAGGAAAAGACUCGACUCGAAACGGAGCUGAGAGUCCUGGAGCAACGUCUGUCUGGAAGGCACAGCGACCAGGAGCUCGAGACGCUGCUGAGCCAACUGCGCCAGAGGAUCACGGAAAUCUCGGGCGCCACGGACUCCCUGGCGCUCACCAAGGGCACUCUCGCGGGGCAGAAGACCGCGCUCGCGAGGGACGCAGACGAGACCGAGGCCGCGAACGAGCGCCUGGACCGAGAGAACGAGAGCCUGGCGCAGGAGGACGCCCAGACCCAGCCCAGCGUCCAGGAUCUGAGGACGGCGGCGGCGCAAAUGGGAGAGAAGAUCGGGUCGCUCGCCAACCAAAGGAGUGACCUGCAGCGGCGGUAUGAAACGGCAGUCAAGUCUAAGGAAGAAGCCCUCCGUCGAAUCGGGACGCUAAAUGCCCAAAUGAGGGACAUUAAACGCCGUAUAAGUAUAAUAGCUUGCUGAGGUUCGAACCCCGGCAGUGUCUCGUCAUGCUGAAUGCAGUAUGUACGCAUUUAUAUCACAGAGGCCUACUAAAUCACCAAAUAUUGUCCUUUUCCUGAAGCUGUACCGUAUAAAUGUACAAUCUAAUUUGUUAGACAUUUCAAUAGGUGAACGUCAACAAUAGAUAUAAUAAGGUGGAUAAAAGGUCAAAAUUAAAUCAGCUGAAAUUUUCAAACCAAAAUCAGGGAAACUACAAGGUAACAGAAAUAGAAAAUACGGUGCUAUCUUUAUGUUAUUUUGUCAUUGUUUAGGUAAUACAAAAUUCAAUAAUUUUUACCCGAUAAAUGUAGAAUGAGGGAUAGAAAUAUAACUGAUGUAUUUGCUCGAUGAAAUAUACAAUUUGAAACAAGAUAUUUAUAUAAUAAGGAUAAUAAAGAUAGAAAGCGAUAUAUCACACACACAUACAUACACACCUAUGUGUUUGGUUUCAUUACGAGACUGUAAAAAAACGUUGUUAUUACAAUUUUUUAUAACGUUGUAAUAAGGAUAAAGGGAACCAAUUACUGAACUCACCUAAAUGAGCUUUUUGUGCAUAAGCUUAUAUUUAUUAUGUUUAUAAAUCUAGGACGAUAUGGAUGUAUGUUCGUGUUAAUAUAUGAUAAUCAAACUAAAAAAA